AUGUUAUUUUUUUUUCUGUACGAUUUGGUUCUAUUUUUCCUGUUUAACUUUUCACUGACGUGUACUUUGCAAAGAGGAAAGAGUUCUGGCUACUUGGGGUACCAUCCCCGGGAUGCUUGUCCGUUUGGAAGACUAGCAAUAAGGAAGGAGAAGAAGAGGUGCGCCGAAACGGGGAGGCACAAGCCCAUCACUGGAUGUGAUACAAAAUGUGUGAAGAAGGCAUACCUGUUUGCAGAGAGGAGAGUUGAGCACCAUGAUGAGUUGAUCUGUCAAGAGGGGAUGAUCCCCCAAGGGGAGGGAGACAUUACAUCACAUACGGAAGAGGAUCCACUGCAAGGGAAAUAUACGCAGAAGGGUGAACCCCUAAAUUUGGAGCAGAUGGACAGGAAGGAGAAGAGGUUUGCUACUGUAAGAAGUGGGGUGGACAGGCUUCUCUUCAUCAAUAGGAACUUGUUUGAUAUUAUUCAGGGGAGAGGUAGCCCCCCUAUGGAGGGGGAUUCUCCUGUUGACGCGAAGAAAAAGAAGAAGGUACAAGGGGAUGGACAGUGCCCAGAGGAGGUGGAAAUGCUUCUACAAGGAAUGUACAAGGUUCAUUUGGAUGAGGAGAGGGUAGGAAUGUAUAGUAACCUGAUCAGGGGAAUAGUUGAGGAGGGGGUGAUUCCCGUAGCCAUUGUAGAAUCCGCAGGGAAGGUAGAUUCGUUGGACAUGGAGAUUCGCAAUUACAUAGCGAUGUUAUUGUUGCGUGGGGAAGGAAGUACCCCAUCGGAGGAAGGCACCCUCAUGGGUGGUUAUGAUGCUAGUGGUGUUAAUGGUGGUAGUGGUGUUAAUGGUGCUAGUGGUGCUAGUGAGGAGGCCCCCCAAAAAACAAAGGACCACGUGAGGGAGGUUGCCAAGAAGCUCCUGAUCCUGAAAGAAACAAUUUUGAAACUAGCCAGAGAGUAUAAAAUAGGAAUUGACGGAAUCUACAUAGACGAGAAAACGGGAGAUGUAAAGAUCAAGAGGAUGUGUUUCGAGGAUGGAAAUGAAAAGAGGAGUAACUGGAAGUUGAUUUUUUUGGGGACAGGAUCCAUGUACCCCUCAACGAACAGAGGCACAUCAUCGUUUCUCCUCCAGACGACCAAAAAAAAAUGCAAUGAGGCCUUCCUCUUUGACUGUGGAGAAAAUACGUUCAUUGCUUUGCAAAAGGCAAGCAUCAAAAUAAGUAAAAUAAAAAAUAUCUUCCUUACGCACCUACAUGGAGACCACUGCUUGGGAGUUAUCUCCGUCCUUACCAUGUUGCGCAAUGCUAACACGAUUAAUAUUUACGGACCAGAGGGUACUCACCGUUUUUUGAAGAACACCUUCAGUUCGACGUACUCAAAACGGAUGGCCAAAUUUUUUGUGUAUGAGAUGAGGGGUGGUGGGACAAUCCCGUCUGGGAAGGUGGGAGCUUCCUCUGUGGGAAAGGUACAAAGUUCUUCUGCGCGAAAAAAACGUGACGACGUGGAAUUCCUCUUGCCGAACGAGCACAACACGUAUACAGUGCUCCGAAACGAUUAUUUAGAAAUUUUGGGUUUCCCCAUCAAACACACAGUCCCCACCAUCGGUUACAUCGUACGGGAGUUGAACGUUGAGAGCAAGUUCAACGCACCGUACAUAGAUGAACUUAUAAAAAAAAAUUAUGAACAACUUAAGAAAUGCGAAAAAUUAGAUUUCGACCCGUACAAAAUAUAUGAGCAUGUCAUUCGAAAAAUGAAGACAGGGGAUAUUGUGGUUUUUCCAGACAAAACGCAACUUACCUUUGGAAAUGCGUUUAAGGAGGUUUACAGGGGUAGGAAGAUAGUUAUUUGUCAAGAUACGUAUGACGCAUCUAGUAUGGAGAAGUUUGCUAGCGAUGCGGAUGUCCUUAUACACGAGGCAACAAACAGUUUGAUAGAUUUAACUGAUCAGGGUGCUGCUUCUGCUGAUGGUUUAUGUGAGGAUGAUGUAGGGCGGUCUCUUCCAUGUUCCAUGGAUGGGGGAGAAGUUGUCUCUCCCGGUUGCGUCUCCGACCAAGUGGCCACCGCAACUAGCCAAGAUGGGUGUGCCUAUAAUAACGAUGCGAUUUUACAUAACCAGGAUGGAGUUGUGCCUAACCGGGAUGACGCCCCCCUUGGCAACGUGCAGAACUCUUCCACGCAGGUGUCCCCCCGGCUGGUGAAAAAAUACAAUAAAAUUAUUGCCGAGAGGGGGCACUCCACAGCCAACAUGGCAGGAACUUUUGCCAAAAAAAUAAACGCCAAGAAACUUAUUCUUACGCACUUUUCGCAGAGGUAUAUUGGAGAUAAUAAACUAAAGAAUAUUGCCGUCAUGCGUAGAAUCGAGAGGGAGGCAGAGGACUCAUUUGGACGGAGCACCCAGGGGGAGAGUGAGAACGCGACCGAUUGCUCGUGCGGCACUGAUCCAAGUUCAGACGAGGAAAAGGAAGUAAUCGCUGCGUAUGAUGGACUAACUGUGUAUGUUCCUCCGCAGAGGGUAAAGUGA